UGGGAAAAAAGGGAUGAUGGGUACAGGAAGUCCAAAAUGGCGAUGGACGGAAUGAUGUCCACGUCUGCGGGUCUGUCUUACCACAAUGUCGGGGACUUUUAUCCCAGAAAGUUCGGCCAGAAGCCGGACGUGGUGCCGUCCGGGGUGACGGAGAGGAAAGUGGGGCCGCUGGAUAAACCUGACAUGGUGUCUGUGGACGUCAUUAAUAUAAACGAUCCAGACGUCCCCAUGCACAGGAAGAAGCAUGAGCACGACACCUACGUCUUGGGCACCAUCCAUCCGUUCAGGAAGACACACAGAUCCAUCUUUGGGAAACUCCAGCAAGAGUUCAGACUGGUUUCUUCAGAUCGACGGUCGUGGAGGAUCCUGCUGUUCGGGGCUCUCAACCUGCUGUGUACCGGCUGUCUGCUGAUGUGGUGCAGCUCCACCAACAGCAUGGCUUUAACCGCCUACACCUACCUGACCAUCUUUGACCUCUUCAGUUUGAUCACCUGUCUCAUCAGUUCCUGGCAGACCAUGAAGAAACCCAGUCAGGUUUACUCAUUUGGGUUUGAAAGACUGGAGGUUUUGGCGGUUUUUGCCUCCACUGUUCUGGUCCAGCUGGGAGCUUUGUUCAUCCUGAAGGAGAGUGUGGAGCGCUUCAUGGAGCAGCCUGAGGUCCAUACCGGCCGCCUGCUGGUCGGGACGUUCGUCGCUUUAUUCUUCAACCUGUUGACUCUGCUGUCCGUCAGGAACAAACCGUUCUCCUACGUCUCAGAAGCCGCCAGCAGCAGUUGGCUUCAAGAACACGUGGCGGAUCUGAGUCGAAGUUUGUGCGGCAUCAUUCCAGGUCUCAGCAGCGUCCUGCUGCCUCGUAUGAACCCGUUUGUCCUGAUCAACAUGGCGGGAGCUCUUUCCCUCUGCAUCACCUACAUGCUCAUAGAAAUCAAUAACUACAACGCGGUGGACACGGCGUCGGCGGUCGCCAUCGCUCUCAUGACCUUCGGCACCAUGUAUCCCAUGAGCGUUUACAGCGGUAAAGUGCUGCUGCAGACGACGCCUUCGCACAUCAUCGGCCAGCUGGACAAACUGCUCAGAGAGGUGUCGACUCUGGACGGAGUGCUGGAGGUUCGUAACGAGCACUUCUGGACCGUCGGCUUCGGCUCUCUGGCUGGCUCCGCCCACGUCCGUAUCCGCCGUGACGCUAACGAGCAGCUGGUUCUGGCUCACGUCACCAACCGGCUGCUGCCGCUGGUCUCCACGCUGACCGUCCAGAUCUUUAAAGACGACUGGACCAGACCGCUGCUGACCGGCGCCCUCUCCCCCUCCUCCUCCUCCUCCUCCUCCGGUCUCCCUCUGGGCCCCACUGAAGGCUACGCCGCCGCCCUCUCCUCCUCCUCCUCUCUGCCUCCUCUGCUGUUGUCCUCCGGAGGAGAGAUGGACCCGCUGACCUCCACGCCCUCCAAACCCAGCAGUCCUCCUCCCGAGUUCUCCUUCAACACGCCGGGGAGGAACGCUCAGCCGCUGGUCCUCCCCGCUCCGGGACACCACACCCACAGGCCGUACGGCGGCCUGGGACUCGCCUACGGGGCGUCUCCCUACACGGGGAUGCUGAGUCAGGGUCUGGCGAGGCCGGGCGGCGGGCUGGGACUGGGCGCGCAGGGACUGGGGGCCGGGUACGGACUGGGUGUGGGCGGGGGCGGGAUGCCUUCCUCUCAGAGCUACAGAACUGCCUUCGGAGGGUCGACGGCGCCGCCGCUCCGGUUCGGAAGCAGCAACCCUCUGGCGCCACAGUCACAGUACAGACAGUACCGACCCUGACGGAGCCGAGCCGCGGCGAGAACUUCUGGACCUUUUUACAAAUACUUGAAAGCGUGAGGUCAUCAGUUACGCCUCCGUUCAGAUACAUGACGUUCAUUUCCUGUCCCGGCCGGACGACAACAACAUUUACUUCCUGUGUCAUGGCCGCCUGAUGAUGUCAGAGGAGGAAGCAGAUUCUCCGGACUGUUAAAUGUUGUAGCGAGAGCCAAACAGAGAGGAAGAGGAGGUAUUUACUGAUGAUGAGGGGACCAACAGGGUGACUGCAGGUGGAUUAGAAAGAUUUGAGUUUGUUUUUUAUGAAAGAAAGAAAGAAAGAAAGAAAGAAAGAAAGAAAGAAAGAAAGAAAGAAAGAAAGAAAGAGAGAAAGAAAGAAAGAAAGAGAGAAAGAAAGAAAGAAAGCAGCGUGUUCGAACUUUAUUUA